UUUUGGUAAGACAGUACCGACUUGUAAACCACGACCAGGAAAACCUUGAACAUCUUUUCACUAUCUUCCCCGAAACUCUACGUCUCGCUGGCCGAAUCCAAAACUAGUUGAGAAGCAUAAUAUUCAAUCAACCAAAACCCGCCAAGAUGAAGGUCAUGACACUCAACUUUCUGACCUGCGCGGUCAAGAACUGCAAGUCAUCCAACGACUCGUUCCCGCUGCACCCCAAGGAGGCCGAGCUGGCCAAAGAUGACAUCGAGAUCAACCCUCAACUUCUGAUUAAUGUCUUGCCUCGCAUCGACUGGGCUGCUCUGCGGACUACUUCUACCGAGCUCGGCUUCCCCACCCUCCCCGAGCAGCCUCCCUCGCCAGAGGACCUCCAGUCCGACGAGGCUCUCCUCAAGGAGCUGCACGAGCUGCUCAUGGAGACCCAAAUGAUGGAGGGCAAGCUCGUGUGCGGCCACUGCGGGCACGAGUACGCCGUCAAGAACGGCGUGGCCAACUUUCUCUUGCCUAGCCACUUGGUAUGAGUGGAGCGCGAGGCAGCAAGGCGAGGCGUUUUCAGGGAUGGUCGUGUCGACUGGACUAAUUGGACUGGUUGGAGACCUGUUGGAGAAUCGGGGAAUCUUCAUCGGAUAGUAAGCACCAAGCAGUGGUAGAGUGGAGAAGUGGCUCCUACACGAACUCGGGGAAUGCAUGCGAUGCCAGAAGGCUGGUCACCUGCGGGGAGCAAUGAAUGGAUGGUUUUGGGUGACUGCCCAGGGUUGGUUAAGGGCUACCGCAGGAGUCGAUCUGGAAGAGAUCAGAGUAUGGCGAGAAUGAUUUCUUGAGGGGGCGGUUAUUUCAGCAUUUUAUUUGUUCACUUUCAAGGCGUUCUGUAAGGGAAAACAUCAAUAGAGGACUAUCUGGCACAUAUCAGCGGCGUGAAAGAAAAUU